AUGAAGAAAUUGGACACAGAUAUUACUUCAUGGAUUAUGGAGCUCCUUGUACGAAAAGAACUACACGAGCCCCUAGUCAAAAAAUUCCUUACGAAUCCACAUCUUCCCCUCGAUAACGACAAUCUCCGUUUGAAAAAGACUUUGCUUUUAAGGUCAAUCGAUUCCCAAAUAAGUGAUGGCUCUGUCUCCGAAACCAUCCUGGACUCGCUUGAGGCUAUCGAAGAACUGGACCGGGAGAAUCAUAUUAUAAUCACUGAUUCUAUGAAAGCAGCUUAUUGCGCGGUUGCUGUGGAAUGCACCGUGAAGUACCUGUGGGGAAACCAACAUAAGAGCCGCAGCCAAGGGAAGUAUGUGGAGGCGGUGAAAAGGAUUUGGAGAGAUAGAAUUCAGAAUUUGGAGAUGGCAAAGAAGAGCGACUUAGUUACCGAUGAGUUGAGGAAGUCUAGACAGAAAAUGGAGGCGGUGCUUUUGGAUUCCCAUAGGUACAAGUCGCUGAAGGAGCUUAAUACACGAAAUGUUGCUUUGCUUUUAACUGGAGAUUAUAUACAUGAGGCAAUGGCCUUAAUGGGACCUUCUUUUCUUGAAUUGGUUGCCAGAACUGAGAGGGAAGCUAAAGAAAAGGAAGUGAGGGUUCAGAAGGAAAACAAAGAAAAUGAGUUUAUGGCUGAGGGCGAGAUGGCUCAAAGGGAAAAAGAAGAAAUGGAAGUUGGGGCUGAGAGAGAGAAUAAAGAGAAGGAAUUGAGGGCUGAGAUGGCAAAAGAAAAGGAUUUGAGAGCUGAAAGGAAGAAGAAAGAUAAUGAAGUACGGGAAGGAAUGACUGCGAUGGAAGAGAGACAUAAGGAAUUGAUGGAAGCAAGUACCGAAAUAAGGGAGAAAGAAAAGGAAGGCUGCAGCGCACAAGUAGUUGACUGCAGCUCUGAUGCAGUUCCUGAAUUCGAUGCAGAUGGUCUUGCCGGGCAGGAAAUUCCAGCAUUGGCUAACUCAAGUAGCACGCUGAGCAUUGCUGAUAAGCUAGAAAUUCAGAGGAAGAUGGCGCUCCAAAAGCAUAAACAUAUUGCUGUACGCCGGCGCAACAAAGGACAAGCUCGGAUUACUGAUUCCGACGAACUGGACUUGGAGGUUGCUUCUAGCAAAUUUGAUACUCUGUCUACUCCUGAAGUGAAGCGAACACAGGAAAUGCUUAAUUCUAGCUUUUCAGAAUUGCAAGCAGCAGUGGACGACCCUCUCCCCAAUGCUUUACAUGUAGCUGAUACUGUAAUUGCUGAAAUAGAGAGAAAAAACCCAACCAAGGAGGCUUUGGUAGAAACGCAAAAGGGUAAAGAUGUAGACGCAUCCAAUCCAUCUACAAAUGCUGUAACAACUGAAAUGUCAAGUCGAAAUGUUAUAGAUGUAGAUGCAUGCAAUCCGUCUACAAAUGCUGUAACAACUGAAAUGGCAAGUCAAAAUGUUAUAGAUGUAGAUGCAUCCAAUCUGUCUGCAAAUGCUGUAACAACUGAAAUGGCAAGUCGAAUGACGAGUAAUGAGCCACUGGUAGAAAACCUCAAGUUGAAAGACAUACAUAGACAUGAGAAGGAUGCUACAAAACCUAGCUUAAUGGAUCGCAACAAUACUGCUCAUACCUAUGAGUGGAAUGAUUCAAUUGAUGACUCGUCAGAAGGAAGAAUCAAUCGCUCUAUCCGCUUAGACAGCCCAAAGAGAAAAGAUGUGUCUCCAUUGAGAAAGUAUGAGAUCCAGCAUUUUGCUAAAAGAAGGAUAAAGAGAAGGUGGAGUGUGGAGGAGGAAGAUGCCUUGAGAGAGGGUGUACAGAAGUAUGGUAGAGGGAAUUGGAAAGUGAUAUUGAGCUCCAAACGUGACAUAUUUGUGGGGAGAACAGAGGUUGAUCUGAAAGAUAAAUGGAGAAACAUGAUGAGAUGAUGGAAUGUGGAUAAUGGAGUAUAUAAACCCUGUACAGCUUUUGGUCAUCUUCUCACCCAUAGUUGCAGCCUGCAUGUAUAUAGAUGUAUGCUUUUGAAUGUCCACGUAUGGUCUUGGGUAUGUGAAAUUACAUGUCAAUGAAACGCAUGGACUCCAUAUUAAAUCACUAACUGUAGUUUAUGUUAGAUUGGUAUGUGAGGAGAAGAAACUGAUGUUCUUUUUGUAAGCUUACAUGGAUUGUAUGACAAAUGUAAAAAGUAAAUUAUUUUGACAAUGAUUAGGUGCUGGAUCGCACCUUCUAUUCA